CGACACAGCAAGACCGCAGACAUGAAGCCGCAUAUCAUCCUCACUCUCACGCUGUCGAGCACAGCAACAGCAUUGAUCGGGUACCCAACACUGAUGUACAAUCCCAACUGUGCCUUCGCAUGCCGCGACAUCUUUGCCAGCGCAAUGCUCACCUGCUCCGGACACGACCACGCCUCUGGCGCACACUCUCAUGGCCAAGGCGCAACAUCAGCCGAAUGCUAUGCAAGCAACAAACCCUGGCUGACCACUCUGGCCAAUUGUGUGAAUGCCACUUGCACAGGUGUUGUGCCGUGGAAGCUCGAGAAGUACUGGACUGAGCGUGUUACUGGACGGCUCACCGGUGUGGAGCCCAAAUGGACCUAUCAGGAAACGUUGGCGCAGAUGCAAGGCUCUGAGCCGCCGCGUAGACUGCUGGAGGAGGAUGAGGUGCUUGACUUCACGGCGGGUUUUGAUGAGGAGACAUGGGAGAGUACAAGGGGUGCAUUGGAGUACUUUGAGAAUGCGGAGAGGACGCAUUCGAGAUACGGAAUCAUACUCUUGGUCGUCAGCUUCGCGACUCCGAUUCUCGUCACCUGCCUCAGUCAGCUCCCGUACAUGACCUCAAUUCUCGACAAAGUCAAACCGCGCCUUGUCUGGCCGUCCUUUAUUGGAAAUUAUCACGUCCAAGCUCUACCAUUCACACUCGGUAAUGCACCUACCAUCGGUCAAACAUGGUAUAUCAUCCUCUUCCUUAUCUUGAACAUCGCCUUCACAGCCGGUGGCUACAAGUCCUUCCAGUACCCUUCCAACGCCUGGUUUCCGGAUGUCUGGCAGGAAAUCAUAGCUUACACAUCAGCGCGUACGGGUGUUCUUGCCUUUGCACUUGCGCCACUCGUUAUCCUGUUCUCCGGCCGCAAUAAUGUGCUUCUCUGGCUAACGAACUGGAGCCACUCGACGUACAUGCUGCUGCACCGAUGGGUCGCACGGAUCUUUACUCUGCAAGUCAUUCUACACUCCAUCCUGGAGUUUAUGCUGUACAAACGCCAAGGUAGCGUGGAUGCGGAGCAGAAGGAGCCAUACUGGAUCUGGGGCAUCGUUGCCACUAUCGCGUGUGUGAUCACGGCCAUCAUCUCGAGCCUAUGGUUUAGACGCGCAAGCUACGAGGUCUUCCUUAUCAUGCACAUCACCCUCGCUGUCUUCGUGCUCGUGGGUAGCUGGUAUCAUAUCGAGCUUCUCUUCACUCGCCGCUGGGGCUACGAGUUCUGGCUCUACGCCGCGUUCGCUGUGUGGUUAUUUGAUCGGGGCGCACGGAUCGCUCGAGUCUUGAAGAACGGCAUGCGUAGGGCUGAAGUCACGCAGAUCACGGAAGAUAUUAUGAGAAUUGAUGUCAAGGGUGUACGAUGGGAUGCAAGGCCCGGGAAACAUACGUACGCGUACUUUCCCAGCUUGAAGCCACUGAGACCAUGGGAAAACCACCCUUUCAGUAUCGUCCCCACCGCGCUUCUGCAGAGCCGUAAUCACAGUCUCGCAACGACAGACUCGUCAUCGAGCUCAGAGCACGAACCUAUCGCCGAUGUGGAGAAGUCCGGCGUUGGAACUGCAGUCCUCGCUCGCACUCAACAUGCAGUGAAGACAGAUACAUCUGGCAUUUCGUUGUACGUGCGAAAGUCAAAUGGUCUGUCCAAGGCACUCGUAACUCACGCAUCACUUCUUACUCUUCUCGAUGGACCCUACCGGAAUAAUUCGACCGCGGCGGUGCUGCGCACUGACCGUUUGGUUCUCGUUGCUGGUGGUAUUGGCAUUACUGCUGUGCUUCCAUUCAUCGCGCAUCAUCCUAAUGUCUCGCUACAUUGGAGUUUGAAGGACUCAAGCCAAGGCCUGGUCGAUGAUCUUGCAACAGCUCUAUAUGGACUGAGGGAGAAAUGUGUCAGUGUUGGUCGGAGGCUGGACGUGGGAGGUUUGCUGGCGCAACAAGAGAGUGAGGGGUGGAAGAGGAUAGGAGUCGUGGUUUGUGGGCCUGGUGGGCUGUGUGAUGAGGUGAGAAGUGUGGUCAGUCGGAGGGCGAGGGAAUCAGGGGCGGUGCGGUGGGAGCUGGAUGUCGAGGCCUUCUCGUGGUAGGAGACUGAAAUCUGGGUCCUAACUGGUGUUUUGUCAUGACCGACUGUGACUCCUUACAAAGUUCAAAUACGGAAAGGCCGCGUUGUCUUGUGGAUUUGCAGCAGGUGUGUGUAACUGCAAGGCUGUGGUAAUGACGUUAGGGGUACCACAUAGGCGAACGUCAUAAACCCUAUAUUCUAUGACUAGUGAAGAGCCAAUACUACCCUUCAAGCUGCAUCAGGGUGAUGAAGUAUAGGAAAUAGGGCCUCACAUAUACUAUGACGUCCUCCGUGAACUCAGGACGAUCAUGCACAAUGACAACUCAUCGC